AUGAUAGAUAUUUUACUUCAUGUUCUGGAGGAAAUGAAAGACGGGGUUAUCAGGUUCUUUGAGCAAGAUACUGAGGUAAAGAAACAGUGGUAUACGCGAGACUUCAUCAAAGUGUUUCAAUAUAACAGCAAUUUUGAUCUGUUUGGAGCACCAGUAACCAAUUGGAGGGACACUUUUACUGCCAUCAUAGCUCCUACACCUCCAAAUCCUGAAAUAUUACCUUCUGUAUGCAGGGAUAUUCUCCUUGAGUACACAAACCAAGUGAUGGAAUUAGGUGACACUCUAUUCGAACUACUGUCCGAGGCUAUUGGCCUAGAACCAAACCACCUCAAGGAUAUGGAUUGUACCAAGUGCCUGUUUGCGUUAGGUCAUUAUUAUCCAGCAUGUCCACAACCUGAACUUACUCUAGGCACCAGUAAGCAUGCUGAUAACGACUUCCUCACCGUGCUUCUCCAAGACAAGAUAGGCGGUCUCCAAGUCCUACAUCAGAACCAUUGGGUAGAUGUUCCCCCUACUCCCGGAGCUCUCGUAAUCAAUAUAGGAGAUAUUCUACAGGCAAGUAGUUUUACAUUUAGCAUACCUCUUAUAACGAAUGACAAGUUCAAAAGUGUUGAUCAUAGAGUACUGGCAAAUAAAGUUGGUCCAAGAAUAUCGUUGGCAUGCUUCUUCAUGACGAAUUGUGUGACAACACAUAGGCUGUAUGGACCUAUAAAGGAGCUGAUAUCGGAAUAG